UGUUGCUUAGGGUGACGGAAGUGGCGCGGCGUUCGCCUGAGCGGGCUUUUUGGAAGUAAGUGGCGGUGUUCCCCGAUAUGAGCAACAAUGGACCAGAAAAUUUUAUCUCUAGCAGCAGGAAAAACAGCAGACAAACUGCAAGAAUUUCUUCAAUCCCUAAAAGAAGAUGAUUUGACUGAUCUCCUUCAGAAUCAAGCAGUGAAAGGAAAAGCUGCUGGUGCACUCCUGAGAGCCAUCUUCAAAGGUUCCCCCUGCUCUGAGAAAGCUGGAACUCUUAGGAGACGUAAGAUAUACACUUAUUGUAUCCAGUUGGUGGAAUCAGGGGAUUUGCAGAAAGAAGUAGCAUCUGAGAUCAUAGGAUUACUAAUGCUGGAGGCUCACCAUUUUCCAGGACCAUUAUUGGUUGAAUUAGCCAAUGAGUUUAUUAGUGCUAUCAAAGAAGGCAAUCUAGUAAAUGGAAAAUCUCUGGAGUUAUUGCCUAUUAUUCUCACUGCCUUGACCACCAAAAAGGGAAAUAUGGCUUAUGGAAAAGGCGAACUGAGUGGGGAAGAAUGUAAGAAGCAAUUGAUUAACACCCUCUGUUCUGGCAGAUGGGACCAGCAAUAUGUAAUCCAACUCACCUCCAUGUUCAAGGAUGUUCCUCUGACUGAAGAAGAGGCGGAAUUGGUGGUGGAAAAGGUGUUGAGGAUGUUCUCCAAGAUGAAUCUUCAAGAAAUACCACCUUUGGUCUAUCAGCUUCUGGUUCUCUCUUCAAAGGGAAGCAGAAAGAGUGUUUUGGAAGGGAUCAUAGCCUUCUUCAAUGAGCUAGAUAAGCAACAUGCUGAGGAACAGAGUGGUGAUGAGCUGUUGGAUCUUGUUACUGUGCCAUCAGGUGAACUUCGUCAUGUGGAAGGCACCAUCAUUCUACACUUUGUGUUUGCCAUCAAAUUGGACUAUGAACUAGGCAGAGAACUCCUGAAACACUUAAAGGCAGGACAGCAAGGAGAUUUCAGUAAUAACUUAUGUCCCUUCAGCAUUGCUCUUCUUCUCUCUGUAACAAGAAUACAAAGAUUUGAAGAACAGGUGUUCGAUCUGUUAAAGAUUUCGAUUGUGAAGAGCUUUAAGGAUCUUCAGCUCCUCCAAGGCUCAAAAUUUCUUCAGAAUCUAGUUCCUCAUCGACCUUGUGUUUCAGCCAUGAUCUUGGAAGUGGUAAAGAAUAGUGUUCAUAGUUGGGAUCAUGUUACUCAGGGCCUCGUAGAACUUGGUUUCAUUUUAAUGGAUUCAUAUGGGCCAAAGAAGAUUCUUGAUGGGAAAACUAUUGAAACCAGCUCAGGUCUUUCUAGAAUGCCAAACCAGCAUGCAUGUAAGCUGGGAGCUAAUAUCCUGUUGGAAACUUUUAAGAUCCAUGAGAUGAUCAGACAAGAAAUUCUGAAGCAAGUCCUCAACAGGGUUGUUACCAGGGCAUCUUCUCCCAUCAGCCAUUUCUUAGACCUGCUUUCAAAUAUCAUUAUGUAUGCACCCUUAGUUCUUCAGAGCUGUUCUUCUAAAGUCACAGAAACUUUUGACUAUUUGUCUUUUCUGCCCCUUCAGACCGUACAAGGGCUGCUUAAGGCAGUGCAGCCCCUUCUGAAAGUCAGCAUGUCGAUGAGAGACUCCUUGAUACUUGUCCUUCGCAAAGCUAUGUUUGCCAGCCAGCUUGAUGCCCGAAAGUCUGCAGUUGCUGGUUUUUUGCUGCUUCUGAAGAACUUUAAAGUUUUAGGCAGCCUGUCAUCCUCUCAGUGCAGUCAAUCUAUUGGUGUCAGUCAGGUUCACGUGAAUGUUCACAGUCGUUACAAUUCUGUCGCCAAUGAAACUUUUUGCCUUGAGAUCAUGGAUAGUUUGAGGAGAUGCUUAGGUCAGCAGGCUGAUGUUCGACUCAUGCUUUAUGAGGGGUUCUAUGAUGUUCUUCGAAGGAACUCUCAGCUGGCUAAUUCAAUCAUGCAGACUCUGCUCUCACAGUUAAAACAGUUCUAUGAGCCAAAACCUGAUCUGCUGCCGCCUCUGAAAUUAGAAGCUUGUAUUCUGACCCAAGGAGAUCAGAUCUCUCUACAAGAACCACUGGAUUAUCUGCUGUGUUGUAUUCAGCAUUGUUUGGCCUGGUAUAAGAGUAGAGUGGUGCCCCUACAGCAAGGAGAGGAGGAAGAGGAAGAAGAGGCAUUCUACCAAGACCUAGAUGAUAUGUUGGAGUCUAUUACUAAUAGAAUGAUUAAGAGUGAGCUAGAAGACUUUGAACUGGAUAAAUCAGCAGAUUUUUCUCAGAGCACUGGUAUUGGCAUAAAAAAUAAUAUCUGUGCUUUUCUUGUGAUGGGAGUUUGUGAGGUUCUAAUAGAAUAUAAUUUCUCCAUAAGUAAUUUCAGUAAGAAUAAGUUUGAGGAGGUUCUGAGCUUAUUUAUGUGUUACAAGAAACUCUCUGACAUCCUUAAUGAAAAAGCUGGUAAAGGCAAAACUAAAAUGGCCAACAAAACAAAUGAUAGUUUUUUGUCCAUGAAAUUUGUGUCUGAUCUUCUUACUGCUCUUUUCAGGGACAGUACCCAAAGCCAUGAAGAGAGCCUUUCUGUUCUCAGGUCCAGCAAUGAGUUUAUGCGCUACGCGGUGAAUGUAGCCCUGCAGAAGGUGCAGCAGCUAAAGGAAACAGGGCAUGUUAGUGGCCCUGAUGGCCAAAACCCAAACAAGAUCUUUCAGAACCUCUGUGACAUCACUCGGGUCUUGCUAUGGAGAUAUACUUCAAUUCCUACUUCAGUAGAAGAGUCGGGAAAGAAAGAGAAAGGAAAGAGCAUCUCACUGCUGUGCUUGGAGGGUUUACAGAAGAUAUUCAGUGCUGUGCAACAGUUCUAUCAGCCCAAGAUUCAGCAGUUUCUCAGGGCUCUGGAUGUCACAGAUAAUGAAGACAGAGAAGAUGCAGAUGUCAGUGUCACUCAAAGAGCAGCAUUCCAGAUCCGGCAGUUUCAGAGGUCCUUGUUGAAUUUACUUAGCAGCCAAGAGGAAGAUUUUAAUAGCAAAGAAGCUGCCUUACUAGUCACUGUUCUUACCAGCUUGUCCAAGCUACUGGAGCCCUCCUCUCCUCAGUUUGUGCAGAUGUUAUCCUGGACAUCUAAGAUUUGCAAGGAAAACAGCCGGGAGGAUGCCUUGUUUUGCAAGAGCUUAAUGAACUUGCUCUUCAGCCUGCAUGUUCUGUAUAAGAGUCCUGUCACCCUGCUGCGUGACUUGUCCCAGGAUAUCCAUGGGCAUCUAGGAGACAUAGACCGGGAUGUAGAAGUAGAGAAAACAAAUCACUUUGCAAUGGUGAAUUUGAGAACAGCUGCUCCUACUGUUUGUUUACUUGUUCUGAGUCAGGCUGAGAAGGUCCUAGAAGAAGUGGAUUGGCUAAUCACCAAGCUUAAGGGACAAGUGAGCCAAGAAACUCUAUCAGAAGAGGCCUCUUCUCAGGCAACUGCAUCAAAUCAUCCUGCCGAGAAAGCCAUCAUCAUGCAACUGGGAACUUUGCUUACAUUUUUCCAUGAGCUGGUACAGACAGCUCUGCCAUCAGGCAGCUGUGUGGACACUUUGUUAAAGGACCUGUGCAAAAUGUACACCAUCCUUACAGCACUUGUCAGAUACUAUCUCCAGGUGUGUCGGAGCUCUGGAGGAAUUCCAAAAAAUAUGGAAAAGCUGGUGAAGCUGUCUGGUUCUCAUCUCACCCCCUUGUGUUAUUCUUUCAUUUCUUAUGUACAGAAUAAGAAGAGUCAGGGCCUGAAAUACACAGGAGAGAAGAAAAAGGAGAAAACUGCUGUUGCUACAGCCAUGGCCAGAGUUCUUCGAGAAACCAAGCCCAUCCCUAACCUCAUCUUUGCCAUUGAACAGUAUGAAAAAUUUCUCAUCCACCUUUCUAAGAGGUCCAAGGUGAACCUGAUGCAGCACAUAAAGCUCAGCACCUCGCGAGACUUCAAGAUCAAAGGCAACAUCCUGGACAUGGUUCUUCGAGAGGAGGGGGAGGAUGAAAAUGAAGAGGGCACUGCAUCAGAGCAUGGGGGACAGAACAAGGAACCAGCCAAGAAGAAAAGGAAAAAAGAAAUGAAAUGCCUGAGUUAAUGUGAACUUUGGGGCUUCUGCUUUCUUUUUACCCAACAAGCAACAAUGCCUCUUGUCUUAUGCCCACACCAAUGUUGGCAUCUUGGUUCUGAGGCCAUUGAAUUCAACUGCACCUUCAGUUAGAAGGAAUCUUCUUGGCAGGUCCUGCUCCUGAAAAAUGGCUGGCCUUAGGCAAGCCCUUUUACAAAAAGCACAGCUGAAAGCCUGAGUUUGGGAGCCUGCACCGCCCCGAUGAAGCUCCACAGGAGCAAAUACAGAGCCUCCAGGCAGAGCUAUGGUCCAAGCUGGCUUCAUUUUUCCAAGGAGCCUUUGGUGAGUUCAAUUAUCUGGUAAAUAUCCAGCGCUUCACCUGAAAGAUAGUGCAAACUGGUUAGGAUGCCUCCUCAAGAACUUAACAGAGAGCUCAGAAGUGAGAAAAGAAACUUAAUGUUUACGUCAAAAAGGAGGGUGAAAGGGUUGAGAAUUGAUUGCCAGGAAUAGUAAUGUAACAUGUUAGGAGGGUCUGUUUUCUUUUUGUAUAAAAGAAGUUUAUCUUAGAUACAUUUUAAAUGGAAAAUAAGCUUUCUGGUUUACUCAUCUUGGCAUUUAAAGCACAGGUUUGUUUUUUGUUUUCGUUUUACCUAAGAAUGCACUUUGACUUUAUACAAUAAAUCCUCUUUAAACA